UAGUACUGUCAAUCCUCUCGCUCACUCUUGCUUUGUUUUCAAUCACAAAAUUUGAUUUUCUUAUUGAAGAUUUAAUGCAAAACCCAUUCUUUAAAACCCUAAUAAACAAAAAUCCCCCUUUGCCCAAAUUUCUAUUUAAAAACCCUUCAAAACCCUAAAUUCAUCGAGUAAUCAGUUCAAUUUUUCAUCGAGCGUUUGCUGCACAACGUCAAUUGGUAGGAACUGCUGUCGUUUUGAGUGGUGAGUUCUAUUGUCGAAGAAUGUCAACGAGGAGGAGAGCAGGGGAGGAGAGAUUGUACUACUGCCCACCGGCGAUGAGGCGGCGGCAGCAGGAGCAGGAGCAAUCGGAGCUGAAGUCAGCCUCAUCGUCGCCGCUACCGGAGAGUAAAGAAUCCGAGUCGAAUUCGUAUUUGAAUAGGUUUUUGGAGCACACCACUCCCGUUGUUGCAAGUCAACAUUUUACUAAGACAAGUAUGAUAUCUUGGAGAAAUCGUGGUGCUGAGUUUGAUCCAUACUUCAUACUCGGGGAUCUUUGGGAAUCUUUCAGGGAGUGGAGUGUUUAUGGAGUUGGAGUUCCCCUCCUUUGGAAUGAUAGUGAUUCUGUUGUCCAAUAUUACGUACCAUCCCUCUCUGGUAUCCAAUUGUAUAUAGAUCCAACGCGCCCUGUUGUGGAACACAGAAGACAUGGUGAAGAAAGUGAUGCUAAUUCCUCCAGGGGGAUGAGUACUGAUGGUGAUAGUGAAGGAACGGACAGAGGAGCCAAUGAUGCUCGUGGAUCUUGUAAUCAGAAGAACAAUAUUGGUCAUGGAUUUAGAAGAUAUGCAGGGGGAAACAACCCUUCUAUGGAAUCAUCUGUGGAUGGGGACGAUAUCAGCAUGCCUCCUGGUCGACUUAUAUUUGAAUACUUCGAAAGGGAGCUCCCGUUUCAUCGUGAACCGCUAGCUGAUAAGAUGUCAAAACUUGCCUCUCUAGUUCAUGAGGUAAAAACAUAUAGGAGUUGCGAUCUGUCUCCUUCAAGCUGGAUUUCUGUUGCUUGGUACCCCAUAUAUAGGAUACCUGUAGGCCCUACUCUACAAAAUGUUGAUGCAUGUUUCUUGACUUUCCAUUCACUUGCUAAACCUGUGAAAGGUGGGUAUGAUACUAGUAGCAAGCUCUCCCUACCUAGCUUCGCACUUGUUUCAUACAAGUACAAAGCCGCGGACUGGAAUGAGAACGGAGUUGACGAAGGCCAGAAGGUCAAGUCCCUCUUACGAGCCGCUGAUAAUUGGCUUCGGCUACUGCAAGUUGAUCAUCCUGACUACAAAUUCUUCAUGUCGCACAACAGUUACUGGAGAUAGUAGGAUAACUGCAAGAACUCAUCUCCAACUCUCUCUAUACUGCCUUCGGCAUGGUAGAACCCCCUCUCAUCCUUGCCACAAUACAGGCAGUAAGCGGUGUGUGCAUGUGUGUGUAUACAUAACUGGUGGAUGAUGAUGGAGUUUUGCACGGGAAAUGCCUAUUACGUUGCAGAGGAAGUUUUGACACCCGCCCUAGUAAGUAGCUUUCCUAUAACCAAAUGCAUAUAUUAGAUGUUUGGUGAUGGAUUUUGAACAUCUGAAUGAUGGAUAACUGUCUUACUGGCCCUGCCUCUUUUCUCUCUCCUAAUUUUUUUAUCUGAAAUCGGGCCAUCGUCCUGAUUAGGCUGCCUGAUGUUGAAGCAUAUAGUAUAUCAUGUAUACAACCUUUUGGCUAUGUAAUACCGUAUAGAUUGUAUAUUAAUAACCUGCCUGCGAUGCGUGGUUAUAUUUAAAUUUUGAAGUUUUUUUUGUGUU